ACACACUUCAGGAACAUCCUCUCGACCAACCUGAAUUUUCUCCCCUUCACAACAUGUGUUGCAACUACUACGGCAACUCCUGUGGCUAUGGCUAUGGCUACGGCUGUGGAUUUGGCCCAUAUUAUGGCUCCAGAUAUGGAACUGGCUAUGGUUGUGGCUAUGGCUUAGGCUAUGGCUGUGGACUUGGCUCCCAUUAUGGCUGGGGCUGUGGUACGGGAUAUGGCUGUGGAUCUGGCUCUGGCUCUGGCUACUGUGGCUACAGGCCAUUUUACUAUAGAAGGUGCUAUUCUUCUUGCUGCUAGAACAUCAUUCUCCAAGGCAUCUUUGCCAUUGUCUAAAGAUAAUGCUGAUGUAAAAAUUUGUACCUCACUGUUUCUAUAUCCAGGAGAUAUAGAAACUUUUUUUUUUAAGAAUGACAUCACUAUGGGCAGAGACUCCAUAAAUCAUCUCUUUUCCUAAUAUUAGCUGUUAUGUUAUAUAUAUAUAUAUAUAUAUAUAUAUAUAUAUAUAUAUAUCUUAUUGUCUGUUACAGCCAUGUUGAUGACUUUAAUAUGCUACAUUUAAAGGAUUUGUUUAUUCUCAAUAAAAUGCUUCCUUGGCUCUAAGAAA